CCACCAGCUCAAAUGAAUGUUCAUCUGAAAGGUCGUGACCUCCUUACUCUACAGAACUACACAGCAGAUGAGCUGAAGUAUUUACUGUGGAUGGCCUCAGAUUUGAAACAAAGGAUAAAGCACAAAGGAGAGUAUUUGCCUUUGAUGCAAGGAAAAUCUUUGGCCAUGAUUUUCGAGAAGAGAAGCACAAGAACAAGAUUAUCUGCAGAAACAGGAUUUGCUCUCCUUGGAGGACAUCCUUCCUUCCUCACAACACAAGACAUACAUCUGGGUACUAAUGAGAGUCUCACAGAUACAGCCAGGGUGCUGUCCAGCAUGACAAAUGCAAUCUUGGCUCGAGUUUAUAAGCAUAACGAUCUGAACCUAAUGACGAAAGAAGCCACGAUCCCAAUAAUCAAUGGAUUGUCCGAUUUAUACCAUCCUCUCCAGAUUUUAGCUGAUUACCUAACUCUUCAGGAGCACUAUGGCGGGCUGAACGGGCUCACUAUCACCUGGAUCGGGGAUGGAAACAACGUCCUCCACUCCAUCAUGACGAGUGCUGCAAAGCUGGGAAUGCACCUGCGUAUUGCAACUCCCAAG